AUGAUGGAAGUCCUGCUAGUCGUGAGUCUCGCAGUCGUUCAGUCUCUCCCUCCAAAGAAAAGGACUACGACAGCUCGUCUCCACGUCGUGAUCGUUCUUCGAGGUCGCGAAGCCGUAGUGGCAGUACUGAGAGAGGAAGCAGAAGUCGUAGCCUGGAAAAGGAUCACCCAAGGCAAGCAUUCCUUGUAUUUCUUACUUUUCAGUCGAUCUCGUUCUCCCGACUUCGCUCGAAACGAGGCACUACGUGAUUCCUGGGCGGCGCUGAAGGCACAACCUAAUAAUUUUGAUGCUUGGAUAAUUCUCCUCACGCAGGCUGACCAAAGUAACGAUGUGAAACUGGCUCGUGAGAUGUAUGAUCGCUUUCUAGCCAAAUACCCGUAUUGUUACGGCUUUUGGAAGAAGUACGCCGAUAUGGAACGUCGCCACCAGAACUUUUCUGAUGCACUUAAUGCAAGUUCCUCUUUUAUUCACUUGUAUAGAUUCUCUGUGAAGUGGUCUCCUAAACACACAGGUGUUACAAGUUUCAGUUUCUCCUAA